AUUGUUUUAAUACAGAACCCUCAACUCUUAUGGACAUACCAAAGAAGACUCCCUUAAACCCAGUGACUAAUGUUUAUAACUUUAAUGGAAAGACUCUUCCAAAAACAUCAGCAUUUGUUGUAAAAAUAUAUCUAAAGAAAUUUGAUGUUGUGGAAGUACAUGCAUUGGGGGAAACCAUUUCAAAGGCAGUAAGGGUGGUUGAAUAACUUUAACGACAACGUACUUCCUCUAAAAUAACAUUUAGAUUAUGUCACAAUUGAGAAAAUCAAUACAUUCACUUAGAAAUUUGAAGAUAAUAGGUCCAAAGCAAAAUUAGUUGUUACUUUAAAGGUAACUGAUGAUGGAAAAAAAAGAGUAAAUGAGGAGAUUAAAUAAUGAUAGCCAU